GGAGGAUUCGCUCACUGGUGUAUGAGUAGACAUUCCGAACUGAAGGGGAUUUGAGAGGCGAUUCGAGGUUCAGCUUCGAUGUCAGAGGACGUGGAUUCAGAGAUUCGGAAGGCGCAGAUAGAGCGCCUGAAGGAGCAGGGGGCGCUGGUUGGACUGGGGUCUAGUGGUGGGUACGACGCGGAGUUGUACGAGAAGCCGUCGGCGUACGAGACGCACAUAGAGUUUUGCGCGGAGGAGGCGCAGGAGGAGCAGGCGGGGGAGGGGAGGAGGAGGUUGCCGACGUACACGGCGCCCGACACGGUGUACAGGGACUUGGACAGGUCCGAGGAGGAGGAGGACGUGUUUAGGCCGUACCGUCGGAAGACGGUGGCGGAGACGGAGGACGAGUACCACGCGCAGGUGAGGGGCGAGUUUUCGAAGGCGAGUGGGAGGGUGGUGGGGGCGAGGAGUUACAGGGAGGUGUUGGAGGAGACGUUGUUGGAGAAGGAGGAGAGGGAGUUGAGGGUGGAGUUGGCGAGGAAGGAGAGGGAGCAGCAGAGUGGGGGGGCGAGGGAGGAGGGGGGGGCGAGGAAGAGGAGUCGUUGGGACGUGGCGAGCGCGUUGAGUUUGGAGGGGGGGAGGGCGAGGGAGGAGGGGGGGGUGGAGCAGCCGAGACAGAAGAAGGCGAGCAGGUGGGACCAGACGCCGGCGGAUUUGGCGAGUGGGGGACAGGGGGGGUCGAAGAAGGCGAGCAGGUGGGAUCAGACGCAGGUGGAGCCGGCGCAGGAGGGGCAGGCGACGCCGAGGAAGAGGAGCAGGUGGGACCAGACGCCGGUGAUGGUGGGCAGUGGGAUGCAGGGGGGGUUGGCGCCGACGCCGGUGGUGACGUCGACGUCGGCGAUGGAGACGCCGGUGGUGGCGUUGGGCGUGGGGCCGGCGGCGCACAUGAUGACGCCAGAGGUGUACCAGACGAUAAGGAGGGACGCGGAGAUACAGAAGUUGAACAGGCCGUUGUCGAGGGAGGAGUUGAACCAGAUGUUGCCGGGCGAGGCGGAGGGGUUCGCGAUAGUGGAGCCGCCGGCGUCGUACUUGGCGACGAAGGCGCAGUCGAGACAGGCGGAGACGCCGAUGACGACGCCGAUGUUCACGAUAUCUGGCGUGGACACGCACGGCUUGGGGAUAGUGGACGCGAACGCGUUUGGGGUGUCGAUAGAGUUGGGAGAGGGCUUGCCGGAGCUGAGGCCAGAGGACAGGCCCUUUUUCGAGAAGUUGUUGGACGGCAAGGACGCGUCGCAGUUGACGCCGGAGCAGGUGAAGGAGAGGAGGGUGCUGAAGUUGCUGCUGAAGGUGAAGAAUGGCAUGCCGCUGCAGAGGAAGCAGGCGUUGCGCCAGCUGUCGGACAAGGCGAGGGAGUUUGGGCCGAGCGUGCUGUUCGACAAGAUUUUGCCGCUGUUGAUGUCGCCGACGCUGAUGGACCAGGAGCGUCACUUGUUGGUGAAGGUGAUAGACCGCGUGUUGUACAAGUUGGAGGAUUUGGUGAGGCCGUACGUGAGGGAAAUUUUGGCGGUGAUCCAGCCGCUGCUGAUAGACCCGGACUACUACGCGAGGAUAGAGGGCAGGGAGGUGAUAUCGAAUUUGGCGAAGGCGGCGGGCCUGUACACGAUGAUUAAGGAGAUGAGGCCGACGAUAGACAGCAGCACGGAGUUCGUGAGGAACACGACGGCGAGGGCGUUCGCGGUGGUGGCGGCGGCGCUGGGGCCGCCGCAGCUGUUGCUGUUCUUGAGGGCGGUGUGCCAGAGCAAGAAGAGCUGGCAGGCGAGGCACACGGGCAUAAAGAUAGUGCAGCAGAUGGCGAUUUUGCUGGGGUGCGCGAUUUUGCCGUAUUUGGGCUCGCUGGUGGACAUCAUAGCGCACGGACUGCAGGACGAGCACCGGAGCGUGAAGAUCAUGACGGCGCUGGCGAUCGCGGCGCUGGCGGAGGCGUCGGCGCCGUACGGGAUAGAGAGGUUCGACGCGGUGCUGAAGCCGCUGUUUUACGGGAUUCGCCAGACGCACGGGAAGGUGUUGGCGGCGUUUUUGAAGGCGAUAGGGUACCUGGUGCCGCUGAUGGACGCGGAGCACGCGAACUACUACUCGAAGGAGGUGAUGACGGUGCUGGUGAGGGAGUUCAUGAGUCCGGACGACGAGAUGAAGAAGAUCGUGCUGAAGGUGAUCAAGCAGUGCGUGGGGACGGAGGGGGCGGAGGCGAGCUACAUAAGGCAGGAGAUAUUGCCGCCGUUCUUCGUGCACUUUUGGGUGAACCGGAUGGCGCUGGACACGAGGAACUACAGGGAGGUGGUGGACACGACGGUGGAGCUGGCGAACAAGGUGGGCGCGCCGGACGUGGUGAAGAAGUUGGUGGAGGGGCUGAAGGCGGAGUCGGAGCCGUUCAGGAAGAUGGCGGCGGAGACGAUCGACAAGAUCUUGACGCGCCAGGGCGCGGCGGAGCUGAGCGACCGGCUGGUGUACUCGCUGGUGGACGGGCUGUUGUACGCGUUCCAGAUACAGACGGACGACAGCGCGGUGGUGCUGUCGUCGUUCGCGAGGGUGAUCAACCAGCUGGGGCUGAGGUCGAAGCCGUACCUGCUGCAGAUCAAGGGGGUGAUCGCGCACCGCCUGACGAACCGGAUCCCGCAGGUGCGGCAGCUGGCGUGCGACCUGAUCGCGAAGAUCGCGUCGGUGAUGAAGCUGUGCAACGAGGAGGCGAUGAUGGGCCACCUGGGCGUGAUCCUGUUCGAGAACCUGGGAGAGGAGUAUCCGGACGUGCUGGGGUCGAUUCUGGGGGCGCUGAAGUCGAUCGUGAACGUGAUCGGGAUGAACAAGAUGACGCCGCCGAUCAACGACCUGCUGCCGCGGCUGACGCCGAUCCUGAAGAACCGCAAGGAGAAGGUGCAGGAGAACUGCAUCGACCUGGUGGGGAGGAUCGCGGACCGCGGGAAGGACUACGUGCACCCGAGGGAGUGGGUGCGGAUCUGCUUCGAGCUGCUGGAGAUGCUGAAGGCGCACAAGAAGGGGAUUCGCCGCGCGGCGGUGGCGACGUUCGGGUACAUCGCGGCGGCGGUGGGCCCAGCGGAGGUGCUGUCGACGCUGCUGAACAACCUGCGCGUGCAGGACCGCCAGAACCGCGUGUGCACGACGGUGGCGAUCGCGAUCGUGGCGGAGACGUGUCAGCCGUACACGGUGCUGCCCGCUCUGAUGAACGAGUACCGCGUGCUGGAGCUGAACGUGCAGAACGGCGUGCUGAAGGCGAUGAGCUUUCUGUUCGAGUACAUCUCGGAGAUGGGGAAGGACUACAUCUACGCGGUGACGCCGCUGCUGGAAGACGCGCUGAUGGACCGGGACACGGUGCACCGACAGACGGCCUGCUCGGUGGUCAAGCACAUCUCUCUCGGCGUGGCCGGCCUGGGCGCCGAAGACGCCCUGACGCACCUGCUGAACUACGUGUGGCCGAACAUUUUCGAGACGUCGCCGCACGUGAUCAACGCCGUGAUCGAGGCGAUAGACGGGCUGCGCGUGGCGCUCGGCGCGCCGAUACUGAUGCAGUACCUGCUGCAGGGGCUGUUCCACCCCGCGAGGAAGGUGAGGCAGACGUACUGGAAGCUCUACAACAACAUGUACAUUGGCGCGGUGGACAGCAUGGUGCCCUCGUUUCCGCGUCUCCCCGACGACGAGCGCAACUACUACUCGCGGCCCGAGCUAGACCUGUUCGUCUGAGCGCGCGCCUCUCCCCCCCGGACCUCUUUCGAAAACGGAAAAAAAGAGAAAAGAAAAAAAAGGAAAAAGAAGCAAGUCGUAUCGCACUUCAUUUUUGGUAGCG